AACUGUUCAGAACAACAAACAUCGCGCAGUGUCAACCGGCAAGCGGCAGCGUGCAGUUCACAGUGGCAAAAUGCUGAAAUCCUGCGAGAAAUCUGCAGUGGAGCUCAAGACCAGCGCCUUCGGCUCCUACAGGGACCCCAGCGGCGUCUGCCAGCAGGUGCACAAAUUCACCUGGACCAACCCGAACAAGCAAACCACCGUCGAGGUGAUCAACUGGGGGGCCACCAUCACCUCCAUCCAGCUACCCGACAAGACGGGCAAAAUUGAGGACAUCGUCACUGGCUUUGACUCAAUCGAGGAGUACCUGGGGGAGAAGAACCGCUACUAUGGCGCCACCAUCGGCCGCGUGGCCAACCGCAUAGCGCGCGCCAGCAUGACUGUAGAUGGCGCGCGUUAUCAGCUGGCAGCCAACAAUGGGCCGAACCAUCUCCAUGGGGGCGAGCUGGGUUUCGACAAGGUGCUGUGGGACCAUCGCACUGAUGGCACCCGACUGAUCCUAACCUACAAUUCGCCCCACUUGGACCAAGGCUAUCCGGGCGCUGUUCUCGCAACUGUCACCUUCCAACUGACUGAUGACAAUGACUUUGCGAUCGACUACAAGGCGGUGACGACGCGCAGCACGCCUGUCAACCUGACCAAUCACUCCUACUUUAACUUGGCGGGCCAUGGAGCCGGCUGGGCGGGGCUGAAGGAGCAUGAGAUUGUCAUCAAUGCCGACCGGUACACCCCAGUGGACCCGGCCGGGAUUCCCACAGGCCGCAUCCUGGACGUUUCGGGCUCGGUGUUCGAUCUGCGGGUGCGGCGACGUCUGGCCGACGUGCUUCAUAAGGUGCCCGGCGCCCCUGGAUUCGACCACAACUUCUGCAUCCAGAAGCCUUCCGUCCAGGACCUGGCCUUUGUGGCCGAAGUCCAGCACCGGGACUCCGGCCGCUCGAUGGCCCUCUACAGCAACCAGCCGGGCGUUCAGUUCUACACGGGCAACUUCAUGCCUGAGGAUGACAGCAGCCGGGGCAAGCUGGGCGAAACGUAUCGCAAGCACGGCGCACUCUGUCUGGAAACGCAAAACUACCCCGAUGCCAUCAACCAGCAGGCCGAUUUCCCGGCCGUUGUGCUGCGUCCAGGCGAACAGUACCAUCAUGUGGCCAUCUUCAAGUUCCGCCUGUUGGACGUCUGACGUGCUCGCGGCCAAUCAAUCAAUUACUCCGGCCUGGUCAUCAAUUGAACAUGUUGCCGCCUCCUCCGCAAAUAAACGCAACGAUUAAUCACAGCCAUGAUUAAUCGAAACGAACAAA